AGGAGCUUCAGUAAUCAGUUUGUGUCCCAUACGAGUAGUGGCAAAAUAAAAUAAUUAAUAUCGUCUGCAACGUUUUGUUUGAAAUUACAACUGCAAGUUGAACUUUCUAACCUGUCUGCAAACUUUUAAGCUGCUGAUCAUGAGUUUGAUAGAUUAUGUUCUUGGUCGAGAGGUUGGCCGGAACUCAUUCCAACAAGUAAAGCAGCAGCUUUUACUAAAACAUUGUAGAGAGUUCUCUCUGUAUAACAAUAUUGAUUUUGAGAUGAGCCACUCGAGUGCAGUCAACUGUUUGGAUGUUGAUAUAACUGGACGAUAUAUAUUGUCCGGAGCAAAAAAUGGAGCCAUAUUAGUACAUGACUUGUACAACUUCAAUGGACAUACCAGUUAUAGAUGCAAAACUGUAUCCACUAUAGGAGCUGAACAUUCGGGCAGCAUUCCCAACAAAAGUAUUGAGACCGUUCAAUGGUAUCCCUUUGAUACAGGCUUGUUCACAACCAGUGGCAUGGAUCAUAUGUUGAGACUAUGGGACACAAAUGGAAUGUGUACAUUUGAAAAAUUUGAAUUCAACAGCAAAAUUUACCAUCAUCACAUAUCCCCCGUAAAAUCAGGAACAACACCCCUCAUUGCAGUUGCCACAUCAUCCAAUCAUGUUUACCUGGCUGACAUGAGGAGUGGUCAGAAGACUCACGAGUUGAGAGGUCACAAAGGGUCAGUAAUGACUUGUGCCUGGUCUCCUGUCAGGUCAUAUUACUUGGCAUCCGGCAGCUCUGAUUCCUCUAUAUAUCUGUGGGACAUCCGUUCUGCAAGGGGACACCUAGGCGUCCUGGACUUGAACAACACUUCACAACCCAACAUGAGACAAAAGCCUCUUCAAGCACACAACGGUUUUGUAAAUGGAGUCACUUUUACUCCUGAUGGAAAUUUUUUAAUGUCUGUGGGCACCGACAACACCAUCCAUUGCUGGGACUUUUACCAACAGAAACACAAAGAAAUUGUUUAUGGAAAUGUAAGGAUUCGAUUAAACAAAUCCCUGAAAUUCGACGUGUUUGGGUACGGAAAGUUCAAUGUGUGUAUUAUACCUUCGGAUAACAAAAUUGUCAUCUACGAAGUAGAAACCGGUAAAAGAUUGAAUAAACUUACAGGUCAUUAUCAUUUUGUAAAUGCUUGCUUACUACAGAGAGACAGACUGGAAUUGUAUAGUGCAGGAGAGGAUCAAAAUAUCUUAUUCUGGACACCCUUCAAAGAGCCGGAAUCUGAAGAUCCGGAGAGAGAAAAGAAAAUCAAGUUUAAAGAAGAUAACUGGAGUGAUGAUGAAGGUUGAAGAGGCCUUUUACCUUUAAAUGGAAAAUAAAAGUUGGACGACAAAAUGAAGUGAAGAUUAAAAGUGAAAGAAGAUACAAAGAAAAUACAGAAAAUAAAUACUUAGGGUGAGUAAGUGGAAUGAUUAUACAAAAGUAUACCAGAAAGAUUAACUGAAUCCACUCAACGUGCCUUGUUGACUAGUUUAUAAGUUUUUAUUCUUUAUUCAUAAUACAUCCAGAGCUGGAUAAUAAUGUCAUAAUUACAUAAUAAUAUUUAUAUGAGUUAAAGUCGUAAUCAUGUUUACUGUUUCUCUGGAUGGAUUAGUCUGGAAUUUGUGCCCCAUUGAAAUAGUUAAUAAUUUAUUAAACAGAGAUGCCUGAUGAGGGUUUAAAACUAAUUUUAAGGUGUUUUAGUUGUCUACUGUUGUUUAUAUAUGUUUUUUUAUUGAGAAAGAUCCUUUAAAAUGUAUAUUUUGCCAAAUAAAUUCCUAAACAUUUUUAUCUGAUGAUAA